AUGUCCUCCUCAUCCUCCUCCACUUUCAUUCCAUACAAUAAACGUGCUCAAGCCAUCAAUGAAGAUACCAUUGUUGCCCAUUCGGGUCACAUCAACACCAUGAAUCUCAUUCGAGAUCAUAACGGUGCCAUUGUCUGUGAUUUGGGUAGUAGUAUGGUCAAGGCAGGUCUCGCCGGUGAAUCAUUUCCAAAAGCAGUCUUUCCAACCAUCAUUGGAAAACCAAAACCACAAAUUGAUACUCGUAAAUUAUUUGGUGCUCGAGACAAGAUGAAUCAAAAUCAAUCACAUUUUGUUGGAUUAGAAGCACAUCAUAGAAAAGGAAUUUGUGAACUUUCUCAUCCCAUUCAACGAGGUGGUAAAACUGUACAAAAUUGGGAUGAAAUUGAACUUUUAUUAGAACAUAUUUAUCAUUUCCAUUUACGUGUGAAUCCAAAAGAACAUCCAAUUUUAUUGACUGAACAACCAUUUACAUCAGUCACACAUCGUCAGAAAUACAUUGAAUUACUCUUUGAGAAGUUUCAAUCUCAUUCUCUCUUUUUUACCAUUCAAGGUUUAUUAUCCAUUUAUGCAAGUGGAGAUUUAGAUGGAAUUGUAUUGGACAGUGGUGAUGGAAGUACUCAUGUCGUGCCAGUAUUUGAUGGUUAUCCUCAAACAUAUGCCAUGGCAAAGAGUGAAUUGGCAGGAUGUGAUAUUACUCAUCAUCUCACUCAAUUAAUGCUUCAACACUCGGGUUAUGAUUUUACUCAUAAUAGUGCAUCGUUGGAUUUUGUGCGAGAUGUCAAGGAAUCUUCAUGUUAUGUUGCACUCAAUUAUGAUCAUACCAUGAAAUUAUAUGAACAAUCAAAACAGACGAGGAGUCAGGGUCAUGAUACGAGUAGUGGUAGUAUCAAUGGUAAUGGCAAUAGUAGAAAUGGUAGUAUUAGUGGCAAUGGUAGUAGUAUCAAUGGCAAUAGUAGAAAUAAUAGUAGUAGCCAUAGUACUAGACAUGAUCAAAAAGACACUUUAGAUUCUUUCAAUGCUCAAUUUCAAUUACCUGAUGGUUCUCUCAUUAAUAUUGAUCGAGAGAGAUUCCAAUCGUGCGAAAUACUCUUUCAACCCAACAUGAUUGGUUCUGAAGAGUUGGGUAUUCAUCAACUCUUAAAUCAAUCCAUUCAUCAAUGUAAUAUGGAUAUUCGUAAAUUCAUGUACAAGAAUAUCAUUUUGAGUGGAGGUAAUACAUUGGUGAAAGGAAUUCAGGAACGACUCACAAGAGAAAUGUCUCGAAUGGUUGGUGGUGCUGUGAGAUUACGUAUUGUUGCACCACCAGAACGUAAAUAUUCUGUUUGGAUGGGAGGAAGUAUUAUUUCAAGUUUGAGUUCAUUCCAAGAUCGAUGGAUUAAGAGAGCAGAUUAUGAAGAGUUUGGAUGUGAUUUAUUGAGUAAAAUGUUAUUCCAUUAA